AACUGUUAUUGUGUUUCAGAAACAAUGCAUGUGGAAAUAUUGAUAUUUCUCCUGCUGAUGACGGAUGCAACAUGCACCUCUGUCAGUGGCUGUCACACCAGUUAUAGUGCAGCGUACCAGGGUAACGUCACCGACUGUCAAAGACAGAAUCUCACUCAAGUGCCAUCAGAUCUUCCAAAGGACAUUGUAGGUUUGGAUUUACAAAAUAAUCUUCUCACCCGAAUAUCCAACAACAGUUUUAGCGCUUUACGUGACCUGAGAUUCCUUUAUCUGAGUGCCAAUCCGUUAAAUACAUUGCAGAGAGAUGCUUUCAAAGGUCUUGGUAAACUGGAAGCCUUGAAAAUGAGUUGUGACACGCUUUCAUUGGACAAGACAACAUACCCAGAUGGACUGUUCGAGUAUUUGGUUAGUCUGAGGCAAUUGGUUCUGUUAGGAAGUAUAAAUAACGAAGGACAAUUUCCUACUGAUAUUGUACAAGGUCUACACAGCCUAGAAAAGCUUUAUAUUAACUCCUGGCCUAAAGACGGAAAAUGGCCCCAAUUAGAACAGUUGAAAGACACCCUCACACUUCUGAAUAUCAAUACCAUAGGUAUACCUGUUAUUGGAAACACAACCUUUCAAGCUUUGCGUGAUAUUCCACUUAAAAUAUUAAAUUUCAACGGUGUUGUUAGAAAUAUAGAAGCAGGAGCAUUUUGUCCUUUUAAGAACCUAACCAAUUUGCUAAUUGGCCUCUCGCAUGGAAGCACGACCAAGUUCGUCUCCAUAACAAGAGCUCUUCGGUGUUUGGCUGGAAGACAUAUGGAGGAAAUAAUACUGUCUCGAGUUGUUACCACAGGAGAAACCAGUGUGACUCUAACAAAGGAAAUGUUCGGUUAUCUUGCAGAUAUAUGUGUGAAAAAGCUAGACGUGUCUCGUAAUAAGAUUACACAAGUUGAUGAUAAUGCCAUAACCAAUUCGACUUUCUUCAGAUGUAUCGAAUAUCUAGACUUGUCUCGAAACUUGUUGAAUGGGAAAUUGCUCCCUGCUGCAAAAAAUAUGUACAUGAUGGAAAAUCUGAAAUAUCUGGAUUUGUCUCGGGGUACAAAAUUGAGCUUUUCUAUCAGCCACAAAUAUAAUACCACAAAACGAGGAGGGGUGUAUUUUCCCAUACCUCCUAAUCUAAGUUAUGUAAACCUCAGCAGAUCUGCCAAUGCUAACCAUGUGCGUAUCAGUUUAACACUGACACAAAGCGAUCAUCUAUCUGUGUUAGAUUUCUCUAGAAAUGAUCUUUUAGACAUUCCGUCAUAUUUGAAAUGUUGUAAAAAUCUGAAUCUCUUGGACAUAUCCCAUAUGAAGAUCAGCCAGAAUGUAUUCAACAACACCAACAUGGUGACGAAUCUCCAAAUAUUGCUUGUUCACGAUGUGACGUCAGAUGAUGACAUGUUUGUGUCCCCAUCUGAACCUUUUUUCAAUGUCAUGCCCAAACUAACAAGACUCGAUUUGUCAGGCAAUAAUCUGCAGCUUAUCAACAAAAAUACAUUGAGAAACUUUAACAAAUUGGAAAACCUUUCUCUUGCACGAAAUCGACUGGAUGACGUAGCAGAAGAUCUCCUGAUGAUGGCUAGGCUAAAACAUUUGGAUAUGACAUCGAAUUCCCUGUCAGUCAUCCGUAAACAGCAACAGACAAUGCUCGAUGACUUUGUUGUGAAUAACGGUUCGUUCUACCUCUACCUAACAGGCAACAUCUUCAGCUGCAGCUGUGGAACUCUUCACUUCAUACAAUGGUUACUGGAAACUGAUGUCACUUUAGAUCACCAUGGCAACUACAGCUGCAUCCUUGGUGAUGGAACGUUGUCUGAUACAGCUUCCUUUUAUGCAAGCAGGACAUUUCAGUGGAGAACAUGUGUUGGUCAGUUCUGGUUGGCGGUGGCCAUAGUUGGAAACUUGGUUGCACUGUUGUCUUUACUUGUAGCUUUUCUUUUCAAGAAAUAUUUCCCCAAAAUAGAACACCGCGUAUUGGAUAUCCUUGGUUAUAACCCAAGACGCCGACCACAAAGGGAGGAUUUUGAUUAUGAUGCCUACAUAUGCUAUGAGAGUGCUGAGUAUCAUUGGCCAUGUCAUUGUCUCUUCAAGGAGCUCCCCAAAGUCUCCCCUGGUAUAAGACUGUACCUGCCCGACUUACAUGACCCUGUAGGGUGUUCCCAGGCUGAAGUGACCAUUAAUACUUUGUCGAGAAGCUGGAAGAUUGUUAUCGUGCUUACAGAGAACUUCCUGAGAGACGAGUGGAUACACUUUACUGUCCUGUCUAUUGUGAGGCUGAUGUCCGUGAACAACGCAAUCACGGACCGGGUCCUGCUUCUGUACAGGGAUAUGCCCUUGGCAGCGAGAGCUCGAGUUCCUCGUCUUCUCCUCAACGUGGUUUCAGAGGAACACAUUCUGGACGUGGAGGAACACCCCCAGUUCUGGACACAUCUGUGUCAGCGUAUCCUCAACGCUGAUCCCGCAGCCUUAUUCUAAAGCUUAACAUUUGAUGUUUAAUACAAUAUAUUUAAUAACUUUACGACAAUGUCAAAAGUGAGAUUAGUUCUGUUCAUGAGGAAAUUGACUGAAAGUUCGAAGCAUAUGAAAGAAAGGUACAAAGUUUCCAACAAAUAUACUGAGGGGUUAUAAAUGGGAAACAAAUGUAUAAUGCUGUUGACAAUUUUGUAGUCAUAAAGAACCUGAAUGUUCACACCCACGAGGAUAAGGAUUCGCGAGUGACAAAGAACAAGGUGUUGGCGCUUCUGCCUGACGAUCUGGAACUACGCAAACAAUGUUAAAAUGAAAGGAAGGAGGCCUAGAGGAAAUAUACCCACGUUUAGUCAGAGCAACUAUGGAUUCUUUGGAAGCAAAAGCUGAAGUUAUGAAGGCUAAAUCUACGCUGAAAGUAUCUCGUAAACAUGGGGUUAUUAUACUGAACAUUGCACAACACCUGAGGAGUGAAUGAAGCCCUACAUCAAGAUGUGAGGUUGCAGUACGCGUGAUUGACUACAUAACAGACUCUUUUAACGUUUCCAUGGGUACUAAGCAAGGUUGCAAAUUGUCACAACUCUAUUUUCUCUAUAUAUAAAUGAUGUUGCCAAGUUGAUAACAACUCACAAAUGGGGUGUACCAUUGGAUAACGAAUGUUACCCAUUUUGUUAUACGCUGAUGAUAAUGCGUUGUUAGCUCAAAAUAAAAAAUAUCUGCAACAUAUGUUAGAUAUUGUAAGUACUUGGUGUUUAAAAUGGUGUAUUAGUAUUAAUGACAAAAUCAAAAUUGUCUGUUUUCGGGAAAAAAAAUCUAUUUUUAGAUCUUGUUAUAAGUUUUAUUGUUACAAUACUCACAUUUCUUAUGACAGCGCUUAUCGUCAUUUAGGAUUGUGUUUAAAAGAAUAUUUAGACAUGCACAAGACUGUGAAAGAGCUUUGUUAGUCCGCUAGUAGAGCGUUAUCUGCUCUGUACACUAAGUAUAUUUAUGCUGUUGGAAUGUCACAUUAUGUUUUUUUACGAAGUUGUAUAAAUCGCUGGUAGAACCAGUUUUGUUUUAUGGUGCCAUUAUAUGGGUCUUUCAUAGUUUUAAAGAAGUUGAAGUUGUGCAAAAUAAGGCUGCCUGAAUGUAUCUUGGUUUAAGUAAACAUGCACCUGUUCUUGCAAGUAGAGGGGAUAUGGGCUGGUAUUCUGCCUGAUAUUAUUGUUUGGAUGUUUUACCACUUCUUACUCGAAAUCAGACUGGGUGUUAAAUGCUGUGUUGGGUAUAUUAAAAACGUUUUAUUUCAGGAUGACGUAGUUAAUUUUCACACUUCGUUUUGGAAUGUUAAGUGUAAUGUAAAUGGAAAUAAGUUAAGUACUUGCAGAAAAUUUAAGUUUACACCUGCUGUUGAAUUCUAUGUUAAAAAUAUUAUGUAUAGAGACCACCGCCGUCUUUUAGCCAAGUUUAGAUGUUGAAUUUUACCUUUGUUUGUUGAGGGGGGCACGGAUGGCCAAGUCGUCAAAGGCGCCGCGAUUCGCUGUGCAGAGUUGCGUCCCUUGGGCACGCCAGAAACCUAUGAUUGUAGGUUCGAAUCCGGGUUCGCCCAAAUU